AUGAUGACAUCCAACAUCGCAGAGUCGCUCAACGCUGCACUAAAAGCUGCAAGAAAUCUCCCUAUUGAUAUCUUGCUUGAAUGUCUUAGAAGUUUGGUUCAAAAGUGGUGGAUGGUCUUGCCUUUCAACAUAAUAGAAUAUCAAGUCCGUGAUGAAAAGGGGACCAAUUUCACAGUAAAUAUACACAAUAGAACAUGUACUUGUAAUAGGUUUCAAGAAGAUGAAAUGCCUUGUGGGCAUGCAGUAGCUGUAAUCGCAAAGAGAAACUUGGGAGUGUAUGAUUACUGUGCAAAGUUUUACAAAACAGAAACUUUGAAAGCAUUGUAUGAAGAAAAUGUUCAUCAUUUGCCCCAUAAAAAUGAAUGGAAUCUCCCACAACACUUAGACAUAGUGGUGCUCCCUCCAAAGGCAACAAUCCCUGCAGGAAGACCAAGAAAGAAAAGAAUAAGAUCAAAAGGGGAACCAAAAGUAAUAAUCACCUGUGGAAAAUGUGGCCAACCAAGACAUAACAGGAAGACUUGCAGGAAUCCACCAAUUGACAAGGAAAACAAGCAGAAAAAGCAAAAGGCAUAG